AUGGACAGACAGGCGUCACCAGUAAUCUCCGCAAGAACAGGAGCCGCCUUCGAAGCAGUGGAAGCGGUUCCUGUCGCGAACGACAAUCUUCCUCCCGGAGACGGCGGAGACGAGCUUGAAGGCCGCGUGGCAGUCCCCGCAGACCCGAAGAUUCUUCAUGAUUCUGAUCGUAGUUCCCGGCGGCGUACUCAUCAGCCCAAAACUCAACGCCAUCUUCUCACUGUGUCUGGCCAGAGACCGCUCCUUCUCCUCCUCCCCCACGUCGAGCAUCACCUGCGAGGUGUCCGGCACGUACCCGCGCCGCCGCAGCUCCGCCGACAGCUCCUCCCACCGCCGCUGUAUCUCCGCCGCCCGCGGGUGCCCGCAGUCGCCGGCCACGAACUCGUGGACCAUGCCGGCGACGGCGACUCUGCUCCGGCCGGGGGUCUUCUUCACGCCCUCCUCCUUCAUCAUCCUCCUCACCCUAGCCACCUCCUCCCACCUCCCGGCGCCGGCGUAGAUGUUGCAGAGCACGAUGUAGUACCCGUCGUUGCUCGGCUCCAGGCGGCAGAGCUCCCGCAUUGCUAG